CAAAUCAUGAAUUCACCAUCUGUGUCUGAAAGUGGCUAUCUUGAUUUGCUGCACAGUGAUAUUGAUCCAUUGCAUCUGUAUACUCUCCUUGAUCCUAAGUCAUCUGGAAAUGAAGAAGGUGACUUCUCUGCAGACCCUGAAGCUGAUGCCUGCAACUGCGAUCAGUUCAAUAAUAUGGAUUUCCUGUGUACAAUGGAAAAUGGUGAAAAUGGGGAUGAAUUGUAUCUCUGUUCCAACACUGUAGAAGCUUAUGCUAGAAUAGCUGAAUUAGCAGAAUAUGUGCUCAAAGAUCAGCAGGAGAAGCAGGUGGAAGAUGCUUUUGCAGGAAAUCUUAUUUUGGAUGAAAUGACUGCUGAAAACACUGAGAAAUUUACUGACAUAAAGAUGCAAAAAUGUCACAAACGAACCUUCUUGGCCUCUGCAGAGAGUUGCUCUGGUGCUUCAGAACCCAAAUACAAGAAAAUUGUGGACAUCCCUGCAGUGUCUACAGGAAAUGGCAGUUUCUUAGCUAUGCCUCUCAACAGCCAUGCAGCUAGCUCCACCUCACUGACUAGCCAGCACAUGUCCUUUCUUGUUCCUGCUACCAAUGCGUUGGAAAGAAGUUUUGUAUUUCCUGGAUCUUCAGCACCUUUGAUUCCAGAGUGUCUACUUGUCGGCAUGAACCAAGAGAAUCCAGGCUUUGCAGAUCCUCCUCAGCAGAUACUGAACUUUGUUCUUGGAAAUGGCAUAUCUGAUGUUAUAAUAUAUCCAGUGCUGACUUCCACGGAAACACUGAUAUCCCCAGGUUUCCCAGUGAGUUUAUGUGGUUUAGAAAUGUUCAAAGAAGUCCAAGUUCCUGUAACUUCUCCUGAAGUACCUUUCAAAAGACCAAAGCCAGUGGAAGCUUUCUCUGCAUCACUUAUGGAUUACUUCCGAGAUGUGUGCAAAUCUGUGGCCAUGGAGCGUGAAGUAACUCUUGAUCACCUGUUUAUUGAUGGAACACUUGUUCAAAGCCAAGCUGAAACCAAGAUUGGGAAGAAUAGUGUAAGAGCAAUGGAAAAGGAGAUGGUAACUUGCAGUUUGCAAGGGAAGGAAAGGGCAGUCCUUAAAAGAAGCCAACUAUUUCAAAUCCCAGGAGGUAAAGACUUAGACACUAAAGUAAUUGUGGUGCUGGGAAAAGCAGGGAUGGGCAAAAGCAUUCUUGUUCAGAAGAUCUGCCAGGACUGGUCCAAUGGAGAGUUUUCUCAAUUUAAAUUUGUGUUUUGGUUUGACUGCAAGCAAAUAAGCUUGCCUGAGAAGCGAUACAGCCUGAAGGAUCUGCUGCUUGAGUUUUUUGUAAAACCUCAAGAGGGAAGCAAAGAGAUCUUUGAGUAUAUAUUGGAAAAUCCUGCUGAAGUCCUUCUGAUUUUUGAUGGCUUUGAAGAGUUGCAUGAUCAUGAGACUUUUUCUCGUUGCUCAGCCAGCCAGCCUGAAGAAGACUUCUGCAGUAUAAAGGAGCUGCUUUCAGGACUCAUACAAAAAAAGAUACUCCGUGGUUGUACUUUAUUACUUACAUCAAGACCAAAAGACAAAGUAUACCAGUAUGUGUCCAAAGUGGAUAAGACUAUUGAAAUUGUGGGAUUUUCCCCUCAGCAGAGAGAAUUGUUCAUAACCAAGUAUUUCCAAGGCUCGCCCUACAGCAGUAAUGCACUGAAAUUAAUCAAAGAUUCUGAGUAUUUGUUCAGUCAUUGUCACUGUCCUGUUAUGUGUAGAUUUGUUUGUUUUCUCUGUGAGACAGUACUUGAAAUGGGAGAAAAAAGCCUUCCUUCAACACUUACUACAAUCUUCCUGAAGUUUGUUCAGCAAAAGAUCAUACCUAGGCAAACAGAUGUUACAGCUGCACAGAAUCAAGAGAGUCUCACUGCACUAGCCCAUAUAGCCUGGUACCUGGGAGAAAAGCACCAAAGUGUCAUCAAAAGUGAUCUUCCUUCUAAGAAAGUUAAAGAGUUUGCUCUGAAAUAUGGAUUUUUCCUGCCAUUUACUUUCCCAAAACAUUCCAGUAGUGAAGAAGAGGAAUUUGGGAGCACAUUCUCUGAUUUUGUCAUUCAAAAUUUCUUGGUUGCGCUUCACCUUAUGUUAGCAGAAGACAUCAAAGAUAGAAGUCUAACAAAAUACCUUUCCUUUCCAUCCAAGAAAAAACCUCUAAACUGGUUAGAUCUAGUGCCUCGAUUUUUGGCUGGGUUGUUGUUCCUCCAGGAUGACCCCUACUUCUGCUCCUUUUCAAAGAAUGAUGAAAAACAUCCAACCAAGAAGCAGAAAACACUCUUGAAAUAUAUUAGAAGGCUGCAGAUAAACAGGCUCUGUCCAGAGAGGUUACUUGAGCUUUUACACUGUGUUUAUGAAACACAGAGCAAUCAUCUUUUGCAACGUGUGGCCUUAAGGAUCAAGCCAGAGCUCUCUUUUCUGGGUGUAGUUCUUACCCCACCUGAUGUCCAUGUACUGCACUCUAUUUUAAAAAGCUCAAGAAAAGAGUUUUCCUUGGAUUUGCGAAACAGCAGCAUUGACAUGCAAGGGCUAAAAGACUUGGUUGGCCUGAAGAAUGUGACAUCAUUCAGGGCCUCCCUCAGCGAUACAGUCAGGCUCUGGAACUCUUUAAAGCAGACAAAAGACUAUGAAAUGCUGAGAGCAUCAACAGAGAAAUUUGUUCUUGAUCCCUUCAAGGCAAAGACAAUGAAGGACAUCAGUGACCUUUCAGAACUUGUGGAGCUGCAGGAGACAGUGAUCAACUGUGUGCAAGAUGCAUCUGGUUGCAGCAGCUAUGAAAUUCCUGCUAUCAAAAACCUCAGGAAACUAGAGUUUGCGCUGGGUCCAGUAUGUGGCCUUCAAGGAUUCCUAAAACUUGUGGAAAUUCUUGCAGCAUUUCCAUCACUUCAGCAUUUAGACCUUGAUGCUCUGAGUGAAAAUGGCAUAGGAGAUGAGGGAGCAAAGAGUCUAUCAGAAGUCUUUCCAACCCUGACAUCACUGGAAACAUUAAACUUAUCGCAGAAUAAGAUAACAGACGUGGGAGCGGAGAAACUAGCUACAGCUCUUCCUUCCUUGUCUUCAUUAAAGACACUAAGCUUAUACAAUAAUAGCAUUUGUGAUUUUGGAGCAGAAAAUCUUGCGAAAGUUCUCCCUGAGAUGGCAUCUCUAAGAGUGCUAGAUGUUCAGUAUAACAAAAUAACUGGAGUUGGAGCUCAGCAGCUGACUGACAGCCUACGAAAAUGUCCCCAUAUAAAGAACUUGGUGAUGUGGAAUCCCACCAUUCCCUACGGCAUGCUUGAACACCUUCAGCAGAUGGAUUCUAGGAUCAGUGUGUAGACUCAGAUGGUCCCAUAAAGG